GGGAGAGCGCGAGCUUUGCAUUUUGCAGCGCUGUUCUUUGAGGGGGGCGGGGGGUGGAGGAAGCGGAAAGCCGCGCCGAGCCGCCGGGGACCUCCGGGGUGAACCAUGUUGAGUCCUGCCAACGGGGAGCAGACCCACCUGGUGAACUACGUGGAGGACUACCUGGACUCGAUCGAGUCUCUGCCUUUCGACCUGCAGAGAAACGUCUCGCUGAUGCGGGAGAUCGACGCCAAAUACCAAGACAUCCUGAAGGAACUGGAUGAAUAUUAUGAGAGGUUUAAGCGCGAGACGGACGGCGCGCAGAAGAGGCGAGUGUUGCACUGCAUUCAGAGGGCCCUGAUCCGCAGCCAGGAGCUGGGCGAUGAGAAGAUCCAGAUUGUGAGCCAGAUGGUGGAGCUGGUUGAGAACCGGACCAGACAAGUGGACAGUCACGUGGAGCUCUUUGAGGCACAUCAGGAGAUCAACGACACCACCGGCAACAGCGGCAAGGCUGGCCAAGAUAAGUCAAAGAAUGAGACAAUCUCACAGGCAGAAAAGCCCAAUAACAAGAGGUCUCGGCGACAGCGCAACAAUGAGAAUCGAGAGAAUGCUUCUAAUAAUCACGACCACGACGACAUCACCUCAGGAAUGCCCAAGGAGAAGAAAGCGAAAACCUCCAAGAAGAAGAAACGCUCCAAGGCCAAAGCAGAGAGGGAAGCGUCCCCCGCAGACCUCCCCAUCGACCCCAAUGAGCCAACGUACUGUCUGUGCAAUCAGGUCUCCUAUGGAGAAAUGAUAGGCUGUGACAACGACGAGUGUCCCAUCGAGUGGUUCCACUUCUCGUGUGUGGGACUCAACCAUAAACCCAAGGGCAAGUGGUACUGUCCCAAAUGUCGUGGGGAAAAUGAGAAAACAAUGGACAAAGCGCUGGAGAAGUCAAAAAAGGAGAGGGCGUACAACAGGUAGUUUGUGGACGUGCGUUAACAGUGAGGAGGAGAAGUAACCCAGUGUAUUUAUUAACAGUGCCACCUUUGUUGAGGUGUACGGAUUGUACAGUGUAUAUUUUUAAAGAAUGUUAGAAAAGGAGCCAUUCCUUUUACAGGGAUGGCAGUGAUUCUCUUUGCCUUUUGUUUUCAUUGGUACACAUGUGUGACAAGAAAGUGGUCUGUGGAUCAACAUUUUAGAAACUGCAAAUAUAGGCGUGAAUUAAACACUGAAGUGAAUCUCA